AGUUUUCGACAGGAAUCAAAGGUACAAAGUGAUCGACAGCUUUCUCAGCAGACAGUUUCCAGCGAUGCAGAUUCUGUGUCAGGACAGGACCGUGGACAGCUUCAUUCCCGAUACCAGGACAGGAUCACGGACGAGGAUGUCAUGCUACCCAGAUCUGAACAAGACGCGCUGCCAUCCUACCAACGGGGAGCACGAGUACACAGUUCCAGCCGGGAGGUUCAAGGAGUGCCUCUAUUGUGGGACGGUCUGGAAGGGCGAGAAGUACCAGAUCAGGCGCAAAUAUCGAUCGCAUCAAUCCAUCGGUAAGCAGUUCAUGCGCGCCGCCUUCCUCGUCGGCUCAGCGCUUACCUCCAUCAGCACGGCCUGGGCGCCCACAUGCGACACGAAGAUCAUCGAGUCUACGAAGGAGGAGAUCACCGAGCGCGGAGGCGAUGGACGAGGAGCAGGACUCGAGCUGGGAGCGACCACCUCAGGCGGAAGCCAAUUCACGACAGGUCAGGCGAAGAGGUACUACGGCAUGGCCAAGUCCGCCUACAACAACUUGCAGCUCGAGAAGCGCGUCUACGAGAGACGAAUGCAGAAGAGCCGUUUUCCACGACGCCAGCGACGCGGCUUCGACAUCUACGAGAUCUUCGCGGGCGAGUGCGGCAUCGCCCUGCAUGCCACCGACCGCGCCAACGGCUGGGGCAUGCGAGCUCUGCAACCGGUGGACAAGCUGUUCGGUCAGGACUUGAAGAAGCAGAAGGCCAGGAAGGAAGUGCUCGAUACGAUCGACAGGUGGCGGCCGCGCUUGGUCAUCAUCCAGCUUCCGUGUACGCUCUGGUCGCUGCUCAACCGCAACGUCAACUACAAGGACAUGCCCGAGGUGCUGGAGGACCCACGCGAUGAGGAGCGGUGCUUCAUCACCUUCACGAAGGACAUCUUCGACAAGCAGAAGGACUACGGCAACCGCGCCCUGCUUGAGAAUCCCGCUACUGCCGACUCGUGGCGCGAGGAGGCAAUCGUCAAGCUCAGGCAGAACAACUACGAGUGCACCUCUAAUAUGUGCAUGUUCGGCAUGGUCGGCAACCAGGAACUCCCCAUGAAGAAGUUGGCUCGUUGGUUGGGUACGCAACCACUUCUCAUUCAAGAGCUCGACCGACACUGCGACCACAGCCAUCCACAUGAAGAAGUGCAAGGAGGUGGACCAAAUGGCAACACCAAGCUCUCACAGGUCUACACCUGGCAGCUAGCAGACGCCAUCUGCCGAGGUCUCACCAGGGUCAUCGAGAGCGAGGAGUUCGGACACGGCAUCUACCUAUGCAGUUAUCACCCCGUCUCCUACGACGCUCCAGCCCCUACUGCGCACCACGUCUGCUAUUCGGCUCCCGACAUGGACGAAACAAAGUGGGAGAACAUCAUGCAAUCGGUCGUCGAUGUCAUGAGUCGAAGGAACGCCCCCUCAGCUCAGGUGGCGCAGGACUCAGAGAUGUGGAGGCAGGUGUCCGAGUUGGUUCCCUGGCAGAUCUUGUACAUGCAGGCCGCCUUCCAGCCGAAGGCGAAGCCUACGCACCACGAGAACGAUUCCAAGACCCAGUACGAUACGAUUUGUUCAUUAUCGGACGUGCUCCAGUUGGCGAAGUACCAGCACCACCUCGACCACCAGUCGAAGGCGAAUCACGACAGCCAGUUCCAGUACCGGACGAACCGCAGCCAGACGAACUUCAGCUUCAGCCUGUUCAACAACGUGCUGGCGACGAUGCACCAGAACUUGAGCCACCCGCUGCAGGCUGAUUUCACGAGGUUCCUGAACGCGAGCGAAGCGAGCCAGGUGCUGGAGAUAUUCAAUUUGGCUUGGUUAUCUUGGGCUGGUUAUCCAGAUCAUGUGGCGCGCGAUCGUGAUGGAGCUUUUCAGGCCGCUUUCGUUGAACAUCUUGAGGCUCGCGACGUUCACGUCGAGAAGCCCCCAGCUGAAGCUCGCUGGCAGUCAGGACGAGUCGAGGCUAACAUCACACUCUGGAAGCACAUGGCCAAGAAGGUGAUUGAUACGAUGCAGCUUGCCGGAGUUGAGGACAUGAAGCUGAUGGCGCCUGCGAUCAACCAGUCUCGCAAUUCUCGUGUUCGACAAUGCGGUGCUUCACCAUAUCAGUGGACUUUCGGUGAGGACCCGAGGAUUCCCGACAGCAUCACCGACCCAGCUAACUCUGCCGUCGUACACAGCGCCAUGACCGCAGAUGCCGAGCUUGCUAAACGAGCCCGAGUACGAGCACUCGCAGACAUGGCCUUCACCGAGUACGACAGGUCCGAGUCUCUCAAGCGCGCGAUGCUUCGAGUUAACCGACCUUACCGAGGAGACUACGCACCGGGAGAUCGAGUGGCUUUCUGGCGUCAGGCGAAGAACAAGAAGGGCAAGCAAUACCCAGCAAGGUUCAUUGUGGCUACUGUGGUUGGUGCGACCUACGUUUGCUUCAACGGCACUGAGCAGAACUCUGCCAUCCCGAUCUACAUGUGCGAGCAGCAUACUCUCCUCGAGUCGCCAGCUUACGAGGUCUACCUCAACAACAACGGCAGCUUCACUAUGACCAAGAAGGACCAGAAGGCGCUCAUUCGUGAGAUCCCCUACUCGCAGAUCCCUGCAGAUCAGCUACCUCUAUUCCGAGAAGCUUCGGCCCGUGAGUGGUCAUCUUGGCAGCGUUUUUCAGCCGUGGAGGUCUUGGAUCUGAAGACGCCCAGGUCCAUCGAGAGCGACCCCGAGAAGAAGAAGCGCAUUAUACCAUCAAGAGUCUGCUACCGCGACAAGAAUGCCGGACGUGGAGUUUCCGAGAUCGACGCCAAGGCGAGAAUUGUGGGUAUCGGCUACAACGACCCCGACAUCGUGACUCUCAGACGUGACGCACCAACCCUUACGAGAGCUGGUUUCUACAUCUUGCCGCAGACGAUCUCGAGCUGGGACUUCAACUUGUUCGGAGGCGACGUUGCUACAGCCUUCCUACAAGCCGACCAGACCAAGGCCCAGCGCGACAAGCCGAUUUACCUUCGACAACCUUCUGAAGGACUUCCAGGUGUUCAACGCGGUGCUCUUCUACUUGUACGACGUGCCAUCUAUGGCUUCGUUAAUAGCCCUCGCCUGUGGUGGCGAGAAUUUCGUGAUUUUCUUGCGCACAUCGGUGGCAAGCGGUGCCUGCUGGACAAGGCUCUAUUCUGUUUUUACAACAAGUCACGUCGCAUUAUCAUGAUUAUUGGCAUCCACGUGGACGACCUCAUCGGAGGCGCAGAUGCUCGAGAAGGCUCCGAGCUCUUGGAAACCAUCCGCCAGAGGUUCACUUUCGGCAAAUGGUGGGACAACAAGCUGACCUACUGUGGCAAGCAUCUUAGUCAGAACAAGAACGGCACGAUUGUCAUCAACCAGAAGGAGUUCUGUAGUCAAUGCGUGCCGGCGCCGCUGCCGCGAUGGAGAUCUGCGACGCCUGAGGCCGAGCUCACCGUCGAG